AUGGAGAGGAAGAGAAAACUUCCGGCACGCGGUGCACGAGCUGAGCCCGCCAGCAAAAAAAGGGCGCCCUCAGAUACACCAGACGAGCCCAGGCAAACCUCUACCCCAAUACCCACACCACCAGUGCAAGAGGAGAGCUUGCCAAAGAGUAUUGCACCAGGGAAACCAUUACCGACGCUGGAGGUGCCGCAGCCCGAGAACUUGUCCUCGAAGGAGUUCCAAACUGUCUCGGAAAGCGGCGUUUUGACAGAUUCAUUACAUCGAUCACGACAAAAAUGGCUCAGCGAGGGAAUAUUCGAGAAGUUCUGGACAAAGCCUGUAAAGAAGAAGGGUGUACCAGAGCAGCCGCCCAACAAUCCGCCCAAGGACUCCAUGACGAAGCUUGGAUCCUGCACCAUAACCGUUGAGCCGCAUAUCUUCGAAGCAACAAUCUCGUCCUGCUCUGCCACCAGUCACCCAACAGCCUAUGUAUCGCCCUAUAAUACAAUAUGGCCCUCCGAAUGGAAUGAUGCCUCCCCCCACCGCCAGUACCCCCCCCCUACACCCGCCAAACAAUUCCCUAUGCAGCAAACAGCACAAGCACCACCCAGGGCCCACGAUACACCUAUGAAAAUCGAAAGCCCAACUCCCAAUAAAGCAAAUCCGCAAGCGCCUUUGGAACCGAAUGGCUCAUUGCAAACCUUACAAAAUGGCCAAGCUACGGCUCACCCACCUCCUAGCGGCCCCCCAAACAACCCACAACCCCCAAAUACACCAGCGCCGGCUGAACCUGCUGAUAAGAGUAAAGAUCCGGUCAUACAAAUGUUGGCCGAGAGGGCAUCAACAGACCCAGAUUUAAAGGCACUUAUGCGAAUAGUAGCAAAUGGCCAAGCGUCUGCAGAUGAGCUGAAAAGGUUUCAGAGUCACAUCGAUGAUUUGACACGUUUACAAAAGUCACGGCAAGCCCCAACCCAACCAAAUCCACCUCUAAACCAACCUCCGCCUUCACCAGCUGUCCCGAAAGUAAACGGCCAGCCCCAAGGGCGACCUCCCGCGCAAAGUCCUACUCCAGCCCCACCACCCGCAGUACGAACUCCCGCCCCUGCCCAUUCGCCGGCGCCUUCAUAUCAAAGCCAGCCACAGGCUCUAAGAUCCAAGGGCCCGCUUCCAUCUAAGCCCGAUAUUUCAGGGGUCGUGUUUGAAUUUACCGGUGGCACCGGUGACAGAUAUCUAUUUCCAAAAUUCAGCAUCCUGGAAUAUCUACCCCAAGGCCAGGUUAUUGCAUCCUUCCUCAUAGUCCGUAAAGGCAGCACAAGCGAUUCACCAGCUUACGAUCCUGCGCUGGACUACUACCAGCCCAUCACCAUCCGGUUAUAUGCCCAUCAAGGCCGACAGCUUGAAGCAUUGCAAAAGAUUGUCGCGCCCGCUGAUGAAGUGCGAAGAUAUAUGGAUGAUAUUAUGGACAACAUGACCAGAGCCGAAUAUGUGCUUCUGGCCAUGCGUCUCCCUAAGGAAACGGAGCAGCCAUCUCCUGAGAAGGAGAGUUCGACUGAGAAUAUAGAGCAGGUGGAUAAUCAGGUUCUAUGGGCUACGACAAAUCCUACGCCAGCUGCCGUUGUCAAACCAGCGAAGCGGCUCCUGACCGAGGAGGAAAAGUAUCAGGGUUUCAUUACUUCGGUUGCUGCGGCUCCUACAUGA